CAGAAUAUAUUCCACUUAUUUGAUUAGCUAGCACCUAGCAUUCUAUAUUAUCACCACCUAUACAAAACCCCAAAACUCCUCUCAAUCCAUGACAGACAAUACAUAACAAGAGAUCAAAGGCUCCUCUUCCCUUUCCUCUGCAGCUUAUGAUAAUGAGCCCUGCAAUGUCAUGCCACUUUUUUCAUUUCCUCAUAUUAAUCAUCCUCUGCUCAACCACUGGAUCCUUGUCCACUAAACAUUCCCAUUUCAGAGAAGCCCCACAAUUCUAUAAUUCUCCAACAUGUCCUUCCCUUCAUUACAACAACAUUAGUAACACUGAAUUGAGCAGCAUUAAUGUGAGUACCCAAAUGAUUUGCUCUGUCAAUGCGGUUCAUAUAGCGAUGACCCUCGAUGCCGCGUACCUCAGGGGAUCAAUGGCCGCGAUCCUGUCGGUUCUGCAACACUCCUCUUGUCCGGAAAACGUGGUGUUUCAUUUCGUGGCUUUGGCUACCACCGACGGUCUUAAUGUCACGAUUGCUAAAUCCUUUCCUUACUUGCAAUUCAGAGUGUACACUUUCGAUGACUACGCGGUAUUAGGCCUUAUUUCAACUUCGAUUCGGGCUGCGCUGGAUUGUCCUCUCAAUUAUGCCCGGAACUAUCUGGCUGAAAUCCUGCCUGUUUGUGUACAAAAAGUUAUUUAUCUUGACUCUGACAUUAUACUUGUCGACGACAUUGCUAAGCUGUUGGAAACUCCAUUAGGUGAUGAAGCAGUUGUGGCGGCUCCAGAGUAUUGCAACGCCAAUUUUUCGUUUUACUUCACUCCAACAUUUUGGUCAAAUCCAUCGCUUUCGUUAACGUUCGCGGGGCGAAAAGCGUGUUACUUCAACACGGGGGUGAUGGUCAUUGAUCUUCAGAGAUGGAGAGACGGGGAUUACACGAGGAAAAUUGUGGAAUGGAUGGAGCUGCAGAAAAGAAUGAGGAUAUAUGAAUUGGGCUCGUUGCCUCCGUUUUUACUAGUGUUUGCAGGGUACAUAGCCCCUGUGGAUCAUAAGUGGAAUCAACAUGGCUUAGGAGGAGAUAACUACAGGGGAUUGUGCAGGGAUUUGCAUCCGGGACCGGUUAGUUUAUUGCACUGGAGUGGUAAGGGAAAGCCUUGGGUUCGGCUCGACUCGAAUCGCCCGUGUCCCCUGGAUGCUCUCUGGGCUCCUUAUGAUCUGUUACAAGCACCCGAUCUUCUCGAGUCUUAGUUCAAGGUUUCUGUUGUGAUUACGGGGAAACAGAAAGAGAUCGGAACUGAAGCUGGAAAGAAGAAAAAUGAAAUUAUUGAAAUCUAAGUCAAUUCGAUAAUCGUAAUUGGCGGUAAAGCAACAUAACAUAAAGGCACGGUGAGUUCA